AUGGUAAAGUUUUUCACUUUAGACUAUUCCGACUUCGCUAAAGGUUUUGGCUUAUUUUGCUUUAUAGGCGGAAACGUCCUGACUGUCAUUGUAACCUUUUGCUAUUUUGAUUCGAUAUACCCAAUUAUUUACAAAAACAAGGAAAUUUAUGGGUAUUUUAUGACAAGCAUUGGAUUAUUUAUUUUAUUCAAUAUUUUUUAUAAUAAUUUCAAGGCAUCUUUUACAGACCCAGGCAACCCAAAAGACGCGUAUAAAUCAUAUGAUAAAUCGACAGCUUCUGUUUAUUCUGGGACUUUUUGCAAGCUUUGUGAUUAUUAUAAACCACCAAGAGCUCAUCAUUGCUCAAUAUGCAAAAAAUGUGUGCUAAAGAUGGAUCAUCAUUGCCCAUGAGUGAAUAAUUGCAUAGGGCAAAACAAUCAGAGGUUCUUUUAUUUGUUUAUUUUUUGGAUGAUUAUGGGGACGUUUUUUAUUACAAUAGUGCUUUUACCAACAUUUUGGAAUAUUUUCAAGAGAGAUGAAGAAACACUUACCCUAUCUCAUUUAAUAUAGAUCAAAGCGUAAAAACUUAGACAGAUUCAAGAUCUAAUAAUUUAGCUCUAGAUUUGCUAAAAAUCAGCUUUAAUUUAAUUUUAGUGAUUUUAAGUCUAAAUAUCGAAUAUUAUUGAUUUAAAAAAACAUAAAAACUCGAAAUUUUUAAAAUAUUUAUUUUCAAUAAUUGCUUAUAAUAAACUCUAGAGAAGCUAGAGAAAUUGGAGAAGAUCGAAAACUAAUUGUUUUUUCUUUUGUUUUAUGUUUUUGUGUAUUUAUAGCAGUAGGCUUAUUAUUUGGUUUCCACACAUUUUUAGAAAUAAAAGACUUAACUACCAUUGAAUACAAAGCGAAAACUCGCCAAGAGUACGGUUUAAAGCCUUCAAAACUUAAAGAAACAUACGAAAUAGUGAAAACGCUUUUAAAAUUCAUUUCUCCAUUCACAUCAACAGAAUCUCCUUCCCUCCAUGUCAUUUAA